AUGAAGAACGCGCUGUCAAAAAAGACCACCUCUGUGAGCGAUGACUUGGACAGCCAACAUAGCUGUAAAGCCGCAAGGAUGCCCAUCAACGUCAUCGGCACUGCCCUCAUGGAGGGCACGGACAAGAUUCCGUACUACACAGAGAUCAAGGCUCUUGCUCCCUAUGUGAUCACCGCUGGGGUGGUGAAAUACUGGUCUAGAGGGACGACUAACACUUGGGAGCGUAAGCUACAUGGGAAAGUUUAUCUGGUCACAGGGGCGACGAGCCAGGGCAUGGGGACAUCUGUGGUGCUGGAGAUGGCUCGGUUGGGAGCGCAAUUGAUCAUUCUGACCAGAAACGUCGACGAAUGGUCGACCGAGUGGGUCCAUGAUCUGCGGGAGCGCAGUGGGAACGAUCUGAUUUACAUGGAAAAGUGCGACUUGAGUAAUCUAUAUCAAGUACGGAAGUUUGCCACUGGAUGGCUCGACAAUUCUCCGCCGAGAAGGCUUGACGGCGUUAUCGUCAUGUCGGGCGACAUGGAGCCCUGGGGAGUGCCCAGGCUCUCGAAACCGCUGAGGAAAUCUUCAGCGGAUGGGCUUGAGUUACAGAUUGCGACAAACUAUGCGGGGGUCUUCCAUCUUUUGGACCUUUUGCAGCCCAGCUUCAAGGCUCAACCGCCAGACAGGGACAUUAGGAUCAUCGUAACGACCUGCUGGCUACAAUCGAUGGGUAACGUUGAGUUAAAAGAUCCCCUUUGGCAGAAUGUGAAGUACGACAGUUCGCUGAAGUUUUUCGCCUCGAGCAAGCUCCAACUGUCGCUGUGCAUGCUUGAGCUGCAAAGGCGAAUCGCCAAGGGUAUCCGAAAGCAGCAGAAGGACGGCGUCGAAAGGACAGGCCGGAACGUCAGUGUCACGCUGGUACAACCGGGCACGAUGAGGUCCCACAGCCUGCGUCGCGUCCUGAGCAAUGGCUCUGUGAUCCUUCUGCUGCUGCUCUACUGCAUGGUCCUCUAUCCAUUCCUAUUUCUACUAACAAAGAGCGGCCGCCGUGGAGCGCAGAGUGUGCUUUAUGCGCUUAUGACACCUGAGCUUGAGGAGGUCAAUCUGAAAGAGGACGAGGUGAAGUACAUCUCCGACUGUUCCAUCGUGAAGCUGGUACGCAAGGAGUUCCAGGACGAGGCCUUGCAGCGGGAGCUGUAUGACAGCACCCGCAAUGAAAUCGAGAAAUUGGAGAAGAAGAUGGCCGUCAAGCGUAACGCCAGAAAGAAAACCACAUCAAGACAGUAA